CUCAGGACUGCGUUUUAAUUGUCAUUAGUUACACGAUGUGUACCGCGGACGCGUGGAGAAUAGCAAAAUUUACGAAUUACGGAAUUUUACCUCGAAUUAUGGCGUUCAGGCGACAGCGGACGGACGGGUUACGCACGGCGCUACGAACGAAUUCGUUCGCCGCCUUUACAGGUCAAAGUGAUUCGCAUACAACUUACAACUCAACUAUCCGGCAGUUAAUCAUGGAAUUGGAGAAUUGUAAUUCGCACGGGGAUCAUGUUCCUACUACACCUCAACACGAAAAUGAUCCCAGUGGAAAUAAAAAGUGGUAUCGACAAGCUAGUCAAAGAAUUUUUGUGAAUCGUAGCCUUCAUUUAGAAAAUAUCAAGUUCUAUGGAUUCGACAUGGAUUACACGUUAGCAGAAUACAAGUCGCCACAGUAUGAACAACUGGGUUUUACACUAUUGAAAGAUCGUCUAGUGUCCCUGGGAUAUCCACAGGAAAUUAAAGCAUUCGAAUAUGAUCCCAGUUUCCCGGUGCGGGGACUUUGGUUCGAUACUCUUUAUGGGAACCUCCUUAAAGUGGAUGCCUAUGGAAACAUCCUAGUUUGCGUUCAUGGUUUUGAAUUUUUGAAACAUUCACAAGUAUACGAACUUUAUCCGAAUAAAUUUUUACAAUUAGACGAGUCCAGGGUAUACGUGCUCAAUACAUUGUUCAAUCUUCCUGAGACAUAUUUAUUAGCCUGUUUGAUAGACUUUUUCACGAAUUCGCCGCAAUACACGCGAGAAAAGACAGGGGUAAAAGAGGGAGAGCUUACAAUGAGCUUUAAAAGCAUAUUCCAAGAUGUACGAAACGCUGUAGAUUGGAUACACCUUCACGGUAAUUUAAAAACGAAAACUAUCGAGAAUUUGGACGAAUACGUGAAGAAAGACAAGAGACUGCCGAUGUUUCUUAAUAGAAUCAGAGAAAGUGGAGCAAAAAUAUUUCUUUUAACGAAUAGCGACUAUGUCUUUACUGAUAAAAUUAUGACUUAUCUUUUCGAUUUUCCACAUGGUGCAAAGUUAAUUCUUUCAAAGCCUGACGAACCGCAUAGAAAUUGGAAAACGUAUUUUGAUACUAUCGUAGUAGAUGCUAGGAAACCAUUAUUUUUUGGUGAGGGUACUAUUUUGCGGCAAGUAGAUACCAAAACUGGAGCUCUGAAACUUGGGACACACAAGGGCCCACUUCAUACAGGAGAAGUUUACUCAGGAGGUUCCUGUGAUGUAUUCACGGAAUUGAUAGGUGCAAAGGGUAAAGACGUAUUAUAUGUUGGUGAUCAUAUCUUCGGUGAUAUAUUGAAGAGUAAAAAAAUCAGAGGAUGGCGAACAUUCUUAAUAGUGCCUGAACUGGUGCAAGAGCUUCAUGUUUGGACGGACAAAUGUCAAUUAUUUGCCGAGUUACAGAAUUUAGACGUUAUGCUAGGAGAAAUGUACAAAAAUUUAGAUAGCAGCACAAAAGAAAAACCUGAUAUUUCCAAGUUGCGAGCAUCUAUAAGGGACGUCACGCACAAAAUGGAUUUAUCUUAUGGAAUGAUGGGUUCAUUAUUCCGCAGUGGAAGUAGGCAAACCUUUUUCAGUAGUCAAGUAGUAAGGUAUGCUGAUCUUUAUGCAGCAACCUUUUUGAACCUCAUUUAUUAUCCAUUUUCAUACAUGUUUCGAGCUCCUGCUAUGUUGAUGCCUCACGAGAGUACAGUUGCUCAUGAACAGAGAUUUGUUAUGGAAACGCCAAUGAUUAGUCGAUCUCGGACAUUCAAACUUACUGAUGAAGAAGAAGAAGAAAAUAAACCUACUAAAACUUUGUACGUGGAUUGUCCGAAUAAUCAAAUACCACACCCAAGGCCAGAAACUCCACGUAAUGUGACGCAUACCCACGAUGAAGAUUGUAGUGAUGAAGACAGUGAUUCUCAGAAACAAGCAAACCAUAUAAGAUCGUGUACAAGGAAUUCUAAUUGUAAAUGAAUUACUUUCACUGACAUUUCAUUUGGUUACAUUUUAUUCUUGCAUUCUUUUUUGACCAUUUACUGAUAACACUAAAGGAUUUAGUAGAAUCUUGCUAUAUAAAUAUCUAUGUUUAAAAAU